AUGGCAGUCGAUCGUCGUGCCAACACUUGCACCCUCAAAUUCAAAGAUGACCAGAGCUCACAACGCCUCUUCACGCUGAGCAGCGGUCUCCAGACAGUCGAUGCAUUCACAGAGUCACUUGACUCACAACCGCAAGACCAGCCAUACUUGAAGGUUCCCCAUGACCCCGGAUGUCAAUGCGGCCGGCCUCACAGCCUGGAAAAUUCUCUCAUGGUCUCGGUAGACGGUGCUUGCCGUGGCAGCGGAACGCUUGCUGCCCAUGCCGCCAUUGGUGUCUUCUUCAGGAGUGGAUCGCCUUAUAAUCAAACGGCCAUAUACCUCGGAGGGGAGGUGAAGCAUACCAAGCAGCGUGCUGAACUUUACGCUGGAAUCAAGGCGCUGGAAACCGUCGAAGACCUCUUCUAUGGUCCCGAGAUGGCCGACCUAGAAGCCCUGGAUGACCUAGAGCUAGUGGUCAUCAAGACUGAUUCCGAGUACUUGGUGAAGGGAAUCACUGAGCGGAUCAACAUUUGGCAAGGCAACGGAUGGCUCAACAUGAGGGGUCUGCCUCUCGCCAACGCGGAUCUCUUUCAGCGCUUGGAUGAUCUUGUCGAAGAACUCAAGGAAGAUGACAUUACAGUCAAGUUCCUCCAGGUUCGUCGAGAGCUGAACGCUGAAGUCAGCGAAUUCGCCAACAGCGCCUUCAAUGGCAUCCGUUGGGAGUGCCGCUAA